UGUAUGGGUUUCCACAUGGCGUGCUACUACAUCGUCAUCAGCUCCACUCACCUCAGCAACGGACACUUCCGCAACAUCAAGGGAGUUUUCAGAGGCCCGCUGUGCAGCAAGAACCUGGAUUAUGCUGAGAAGGAGAAAACCUUGGCCAAAGCCCUGGAGGACCUCAAGGCCAACUUCUACUGUCAGCUGUGUGACAAGCAGUACUACAAACAUCAGGAAUUCGACAACCACAUCAACUCUUAUGACCACGCGCACAAACAGAGGCUGAAGGAGCUGAAGCAGAGGGAGUUCGCCCGGAAUGUGGCCUCUAAGUCUCGGAAGGAUGAGCGGAAGCAGGAGAGAGCGCUGCGCCGGCUGCAUGAGCUGGCAGAGCAGCGCAGAGAGGUUCAGUGUGCCCCAGGGAGCGGCCCUAUGUUCAAAUCCACCACGGUGGCAGUGGAAGGCAGUUUCAGAGAUCCACAAGAAGAGAACCAGAGUGCUGGAGGCCAGGAACCUGGAGCCCAGAACCAGCUGAGCAGCUGCAAACAGACCACGUGGUCGUAUGGCGGAAAAAACACCAAGAAGCAAGCGCUCAGGCGCAAAAUAGCCUUCUCCUUUUCCUUUCCGAAGAAAGCUUCAGUGAAGCUGGAAUCUUCGGCUGCAGUUUUCUGCGAGGGUCUGGAGGAGGGUACGGUGGAACGAAGCAGCCGGAUCCAGGUGCCAUUUGUGGAGCUUGACCUACCAGACUCACCGGCUGAGGAGAAACAGGUGAAUUGCAAGGACACGCUUUGUUGCACUGCAGAAAGCAGCAAUGUGGGCGAUCAGGGGUCCCCGGAUAUACCUGCUGGAGUGGAUGGCCUCCAGCAUGCUGCUUCAGAUUUGUGUGCAUUCCUCGUUUACUCUGAGGACACGUCCAUGUCUCCUAUUACCCACUUACCUGCCAACUCUGAAAGCGUUCUGGACUCUGAGAGCCCUGUGGAGAGCACUGUGGCUGAGCAUAAAGCAGAAAGUGGUCAGGAGACGGGCAGCGAAAGCAAAGAGAAAGACUUGUGCGCAAGUGACCCUCCAGUUAAGGCUUGCUCUGAUGUGCCACCUGAGAAUGAUUCGUUUCAAAGCCAAGGAAAAGAGGAGGAUGCGGCUACUGCAAAAACUCUCAGCUCUUUUGCAAAGCCUAGCCAGCCUUUUUUCUCUGUCCUCGGCAGGGACGGUAAAACCAUCUUCCAGUGGCCCUCUGAGAUGGUUUCCUUCACCAUGACGGAGCCUUCCCUGUCGUUCAGUUGCAACCCGCUCCAUUUUGACUUCAGAGGGUCACAGAUCAGAAGGUGCCCUGACGCUCAGGAGGCAACCGAACCCAAAAUUGAUGAGGAGUCAUCUUCUGUCAGCACGACCACCAGUUCACAGAAAUCCUCCAGCUUAGAAAGGCACAUGGAGGAGGCCUCAUGUGGCUACGGAACAGAGAGCAAGGUCAGAAAGUGCCAUCAGUAUUCCGGCGAUACAGAAAGCGGAGCGAGGCCGAAAGUGCACGGCAGAUGCAGGCAUUCCAAAGAUUGGCCUCAUGCUGGCAAGAGAGCGGAGGACAAAUUGCGGGCUAGAGAUCGGCGCCAUUACAGGAGCCAGCACAAAAAGAGACACAAGCGGCGCCACAAGAGAAGAAGGAGAAGGAGGGAGGAGGAGCAGAGUGAGAGUGAUGUGGAGAAAUGUGCAAAAUCCCACAGACGAGCGGAGAGCCGUGAAGAGCUUGAUAGCCAAUUUAGAGGCGCCACUUCACAGCAAGCGCAGCCAUUAGAGAAGUCAAAGCAAUCAGCUCAAAAUCAGGCAGAGAACAACAGCAUCACUCCCACAAAGGAGGGGGAGCAGGCAGGCAGGAUAAACGGCUCUGCGGGAGGCUCUGAUGAACCUUGGGCCUGCAGCGAAAAGGUGCUGGGAAUCUGUGGAGGGACGGCAGGGGAGGCAGACAUAACAGGACACGGCUCGAGCUGUCUCAACACGCCUCCCUCUGAGAAAGAAUCCUCAGAUCACAGCAGCCCGAGGCUGGAGGAUCCGCACUCUCCGGAGAGAGAUGUAGAGGAUCCGUGUGAAGGAAAGAUGGUGAAGAAACGACACAGUGACUCAUGCGGUGAGGAUGAGCCCUGGUCAGAUCUGACACAAUGCAUUUACUGUGGAUCCUCGGCACAAGACAACAAUGGGCACAAAGGCUCGGAUUUAUCUUGCCCAAAACAUGCGAGAAAAAGGCAAAAAUUGUCUCAGCCCUCACACCUUGAUAGCGGAUAUCCUGUUGCCAAUAGUGUCGUUUUGAAUGCAGAGGGUAGGGCCUCUGUGGUGGAGUCAGUGGUGAAUGAUUUAAAAGCAAUGUGUGACAGCUCCAAUGGGCCAGACCAAAUCUCAUGCAGUAUUGAUGACUUAGAGAGUGGUGCGGUUGAUUGUCAGAUACUGACUUCCAUUAGCGGCACCCCGGGUCAAACAGCCGCGGAUAACAGCUGCUGCCAGCCGAACUCAAACCCUUCCCCCACUCAGAUCAAUGCUCAGAGCGGAAAGGGCACUCAUCCCCUACCUGCGGGAGACUCUGAGCCUGCAGAGAUCCUGACAGCCACAAAGCAGCUCGCUAAGAUCCUGUCUAGAGCGGAGCAGGGCUCUGCGAAGGAUUGUAAAAAGUGUGCCGUAGCGGCUCAGGUUUGUCUGCUGGAUGUGAGAGAGAUCGUCCCGCGGAAAGCAGAGAAAACCAGUCACGAUAAAUCGUGUCAGCACAGCCCACAGCUGCUACAGCCGCAGAGAUUUCACCUACCGGAGAAUGAGCGGCUAAGCCUGGAGGGUCUGCUGGAUGUGAGAGAAAUCGGCCUGCGAAAGGCAGAGAAAGAGAAAGUCAGUCACGAUAAAUCAUGUCAGCAUAGCCCACAGCUGCACAUGCAGAGAUUUCACCUUCUGGAGGAAGAGGGUUUGUGCCCCGGCAGAAGCCAAUUCCAUGCCUCGCCGUGUUUCCAGGCCCACACAGAAAGCCUGGAAAGGCAUUGCCUCCUGCAGGCCCAUGCCCACAGACAGGUUUUGCACCAGCAGGUGUUUCCCACCAAGCUGAAACCGGUCUUGCCCAGAGCUUCUCUCCAAGUGUCUAGUCCUAUCUUGCACCCAGUCCACAUGCCCUCAACGAUGCCGUCCGGAUCCAUCACUAUCCGCCACACCAUCCUUCAGCACCAUGCCACAUUCCUUCCCCCACAGCCUCCCAUCUUCCCUCAGGUUGUGCCAGUCACCCGCCUCCCCCUGGCACCCGAAAUCUGCCCACCUGCCGGCACGCCUGCCUUCGUCACACCUUCCCAGGUGUCCGUGGUGGCUCCACCCACUAUCCACCCAACAGCUGUGACGUUUCACGCCCUCCCUCGUCCGACUGCAGUCUUUCCGCCCAUCCUCCAUCGGCCAGCGGCGUUCACACCCGUUUUGCCCCCCCACCCCGCUGUCAUUCCACUUCAGCCUCUCUUCUAGAUGCAAAAGACAGUUGUCUUAUGAACAGGAAUUAGAAACAGGGAACAAGGAUCACAAACAUAGAAUGUUGUCCAAAAAACAGGAAUUAUAUUCUACUUUCAGAGUGAACAUUAUUUUGAAAUGCCCUAUUAAAAAAACAUCCCUGGUUCCAUAGCAACAUUGUCAACCUGUUAA